AUGAUGAUUGAGCUGCAGGGCGCCGAGGACGGUGGCGGCGGUGGAGGAGUCGGAGUCGGCCACCUGGAGGUCUUGAGCGCCGAGGAGCUGGAGUGUAAGAUCUGCUACUGUGCGUAUACUCUCGGGGGUCGGAGGCCAAAGGUGCUCGAGUGCUGCCACCGCCUGUGCGCGAAAUGCCUCACUAAGAUCUUGGAUCUGGGCGAGUCGCCGCCCGACGCCAUCGUGUGCCCCUUCUGCCGAUACAUUACCCGACUCCCAGGUGAGGCGGCGAGCAGCCUGCCGGACGAUGGCAACCUGGUGGCGGCGCUUGCCCUCCGCAGCAGGAACCAGAGGAACAUCCAGGAGACGACCACGGAGCUGCUCCUCAGCCCCGGGCGCCUGAGCUCACUCUUCGGAAACAACCCGCCCGCGACGACUCCUUCCUCCUCCUCUUCCUCCUCCGCGUCGUCCUCGACCACCUACUCCUCCAUCCGGGGCUCGCCCAACUUUGUCGUCAUCACCAUCAUGGAGCCUCCGCCGAUGCCUGCGGCCAUGCAAGACCUCCACCGACACCGACACCCACACGGGUCGCUCACAUCACACCGGGGCUACCGCUCAUCCAGUGUGGACUCCAUGGCGUCCAUCACGCAGCGGUGGACCGUGUGGAACUGUGCCGCCCUCCUGUGCCAGACCUCGGCCCGGGCUCUGGUGUGGGUCCUGGGGCUGCUGUACUUCAGCUCGCUGCCCAUGGGUGUCUACCUGCUCAUCAUGCAGAGGACGACCCUCGGGGUGCUGCUGGUGAGUCUGGUUCCCGCCAGCCUCGUCAUGAUCAUGGUCUACGGAUUCUGCCAGUGUAUCUGUCACGAGCUGUGGGACUGCAUGCCUCCAUAACUGGGACCAGAGUGAAUGGGUUUGCUUUGAACACGCCUUACAAUGGAUCUCCAGAGUUCACUAACGGGGAUGUUACCGUGUAACCGACCAUGUGGACUCUUAGAGAAAAUGCUGCUUUUCUUUGUUAAGGAGAAGAACAUUGUGUAAAUUACAAAUGGGGCUCACAGUUUUGGGGCUUUUCCUUGUUAUACAUGUACAUUUGUGCUUUGUUUAGCUUUGUAGCAACUAAUAAACUCAGUAGAGCUCACAUGAC